AUGGCUACCGCCGUCCAGCCUGCCAUGACCAUGGCCCCCUUCAACGGCCACCCGAACCAAUGCGUCGACCCCAAUGAGUUCUUCGACUUUGGCCAGAUGCCCUCGCCCACGCAGCCUGCCACUCUGAAGCGGGAGUCCAGUGCGACGUCGACCAUGGCCAGUCCCACCAGCACAAACAUCGACGACGACCUCCAGACCCCCGCAAAGCCCAGCCACGAGUACGAGCGCUUCAAGCAGCAAACCGGCCUGCCUACCAACUCCCUUCCCGGCCUUAACGCCGGCUACAACACGGGCUUCCCCAUGUUCUCGUCCACUGGCUUGGACGAGAUGGCCAUGAUGGGCGGCGACUCCAUGAUGGACGGCGCCUGGAACAACGGCCUGCCCAUGGACGUCGGCAUGAACAUGGCCGUCGACUACCGCCAGAACAGCUUCGUCUUCAACGAGGCCGCCCAAGACGACUUCGUCGACCCCAGCGCCAUCACACAAGAGGAGGUCACCAACGUCAGGGUCUGGCCCGGUAUGCAUCAACAGCAGGCUGCCAUGGCCAAGGCGCAGGCGCAGGCCCAGCAGCAGCGCGCACAGCAGUUGGCCCACCAGAAGCAACAGCAGGCCCUCCAGCAACAGCAACAGCAACAACAACAGCAGCAGCAGCAAGCGCAACAACAGCAACAGAACCGCAUGGCCUCCACCAGCUCGGCCAGCCGCAAGACCUCGAGCCCGCUCAGCGACGCCCACACCGAGGAGAUGAUCACCCGCGUCGUCGCACAGAUCCGGGCCGACAGCCAGAACGCGUCUGCCAACAUGGCCAACGACAACCAAGGCCUUCUCCCCCACAUCAUCCGCGCAAAGAAGGACGAAGAGGAUAUGGACGAGGACGAGAGGCUGCUUGCGUCUGAGGAGGGCAAGAAGCUCAGCUCCAAGGAGCGCCGCCAGCUCCGUAACAAGGUCUCCGCUCGCGCUUUCCGCUCGAGAAGGAAGGAAUACAUUGGCCAGCUCGAAGGCGAGGUUGCCAUGAAGGUCAACGAGGCCAACGAACUCCGCUCCCAGAACCGCCUCCUCAUGGAGGAGAACGCCCGCUCGCGCGCUUUCAUCGAGCGUCUGCUCCGCCACCAGGCCUUCACUCCCUUCCUCGAGGAGCUCUCUCGCGACGAGUCGCUCCAAGCCAAGGCCCCCAUGACUUCGAUGCCAUCAACCGCAGCACCCGUCGCCGCUGCUCCUGCCCCCACUCAGUUCCAGCAACAACAGCAGUUCAACGGCAUGUCGCAGGCCGAGAACACCCACGUUGGUAUGACCAUGGUCCCCGAGCCCCAACUCGACUUUGCUAUGCUCAACCUGAACACCAACAAUGGCAACAACUGGGGUGCUAACAAUGGCUUCAACUUCCAGCAACCCGUUGCUUUCGCCGUCACUGAGCUGCCUGAGGGUCCUACCAACCCCCUCGACAUCGAGGCCAUGUCUGGCAAGGGAUACAGCGCUAUCCUGAACGCCGAGGACGACUCGACUGUCGAGGAGGUCAAGGCUGACUACCCCAUCGUCGAGCGCCCUGUCCAGUCCGAGCCCACCGUUCCCGCUGCCGCCGAUGAGACCGAAGAGGUAGAUGCCGAGUACGACCUAUACUACUCUUCGUCCGCUCCCUCAACCACUGCCGCCGCAUCGCUUGAGGACCACGAGGCACUCUUCGCCAACUCCGAGAAGGCCUUUGCACACUACUCGCUAGUCAUCUCAAACGAAACGAACGAGGCACUUCUAGCAGAGCGUUUGGCGAGGAAGAUUGCUGCCAUGAGCCCCGCCAUGCAAAGAUUAGCCGACAUCACAUCGUCGUUUGACUUAUAG